AUGAUGGCGGGCCUCUACUAUUGGAAGGUGAUCGGCCACCACCUCCGCAACCUCGCCUUACCGGGUGGCGUUGCCUUCUUCCUCUUGCUCGUGGAGCUGUUGGUGAAGCAGUGUUUCCGCCGCCGCUCGGUGCCGGAGCCCAACCUGGCCGCGGAACCCGUCCCUCCGCCUGCGACGGUAGUCUUCCCUCCCAAUGAGCAAAUCGCGAGGGCGGGCGCAUAUCGCAUUCCUUCGCUUCUGGCGCUGCCACCAGCCGCCUCGCCGGUGCUGCUGUCCUUUGCCGAGGAGCGGACGAUUGGAGGCGUCGAGGACGGGGGACCGGUGCGUGUGGUGGUGCGCCGGAGUGGUGACCGCGGCCAGACGUGGUCGCCGGUGGCGCUCGUCGCCGACGGUGACAGCGUUGGCAUACCUGGCGGCACGGUUGGGAACCCGUGCGCCAUCUACGACGCCGUGCGGGGUCGGGUCGUGCUGCUCCUCUCUGCGAGCGAAGCAUACGAGAGUGAGGCGACCAUCUGGUGCGGCCACGCCGCGGCGAGGCGCGUCUUCGUGACGACAAGCUGCGACGGCGCGGCGUGGAGCGCGGGCCCGACCUCACCGAGCGGGUGGACCUGGUACGCCACAGGGCCAGGCGUGGGCGUGCAGCUCCCGGGCGGGAGGCUGGUCUUCCCGUGCAACCACGUGAGCCCUACCCGUGGCUGGCUGCGCACUCGCUACGAGCUGCGAAGCCACGUCGUCAUCAGCGACGACGGCGGCGACUCCUUCCGCCUCGGAGGAGAAGGGCCGGCCGAGUGCAACGAGGCUCAGGUGGCGCUCGUCGGCGGGCGGCUCCUCCUCAGCAUGCGAGACUGGUCGGGGCGUGGCCGGCGGCGGGUCGCGGUGUCGGAGGACGAGGGCGAGUCGUGGCGCGACCUCGGCCACGCAGGCGGACUAGUGCAGAAGACGUGCGGCUCCAACGGCGCAGGCGACCUGCCCGACCCGGGCUUCGCGGGCUGUCAAGCCUCGCUGCUCGCGGUGCCCGGCGGCGCCCUCUACUGCGGGCCCUUAGGAGCGCCGAGCGGGCUCACGCGCCACACGCUGCUGCUGCGCGCCUCGCGUGACGGCCUCUCGUGGGGCGGGGCGGCGGAGCCCUCGGCCGGCCUAUGGGCGCGCGUCUUGCACCGCGGCCCGGUGGCGUACAGCUGCGUGGCGCGGGUGGGGGAGGGGCUCGUCGCGGUGCUGUAUGAGGCGGGCGAGACGCGGCCCGACGAGCAGAUCCGCUGCUGCCUCGUUGCACACCCGGCUCCAUAG